UUCUCUCUCCUUAAAAUUGCAGCAACUUUUCUCUUCUUUAUACUCUAUAUAUCCAUAAAAAUAUUAAGUUAUUUUACUCCCAAUACACUACCAAACCUUUCCCAAAAGACUAGAAGAAGUUAGAGCCAACAAGAGUUCGUUUAGAGCCCGUUUAAGCUCCAUAACACCUCUAAAGUCUCGGUUCCUUACUAGUCUUCAAGAAGUCCGUUUCACUUUCUCUCUCGAACUCGAGGUGAUGUAGCUGGAACAAGUGGAAGUGCAGGACAUGACAAUUAAAUCCGUUUUGAUAAAUACGGUUAUGUGUUUAUUUAUUUGCUUGAAUAAAAAGUUUGUAUUUUAUUUUAUGACGUUAUGUUUACAAACAAAUUGUGUAUUAAACUCGUUUCCGCUGUUUUUAAUAAACAUUUAUAUGAUGUUUUUAUAAGAAAUUAGUAUAUUUCCUCUUAACUCUCUAAUUUGGAAUAGUCCACGACACUGUUCAAGUUAGGGUGUUACAUCCACUCUCUUCUCUCACAAUUUUUGCCUCUGUGCUGCGAAAGAUGAACUCGAAAUUCUAGCUUUCUUGCACCUACGUCAUGGCGGGAAGAAGAAGCACCAAACGUCUUCGUACAAGGGACAUGAUCGGGAAAUCUAGUAAUAACCAAGAAGAACGGCAUGUCUCCUCGUUUAUUUUUCCCGAAGGUUCUCUUGGGUACGUGAUCCCGAUCAUGGCCAUCAUGCACAAGUUUUCGGUGGACAUCACGAAGGAUGUUCAAAUCAUGAUGGAUCACACAUGGAACAUUGAUGUAGCCAGAUUCAACGGUUCCAACGUUCCAGAACCGUCCCUGAUCAAGAAAAAGGUGGUGACAAAGUUAGUGCCGAUGAAGAAGAACCAAAAGGGGAACCAGCCCAGUAGGCAACCAAGGAGAUAAUCUGUUAGUGCCUUACGAGGUGUCAAGUUUUGAUAAAUGACAAAUACAACGAUGAACGAAAAUUUAUUUUCGAUACAAGAAAGCAAAGAGGCGUAUCAAGAUUUUUACAACGAUAAAUUUCAUCAUUCCAAUCCCUACGCGAGCUUUUAAAAGUGAAGUGAAGAUUCUGAAGACUUUUUAUUGAGUCGUAGGAACAUUUGUAACGAUGACAACUAUUUUUCACUUAAACAAAUUAAUUUUUGAGGGAUAAAUUACUCCCUCCGUCCCACUCUCUUUGUCCUCUUACCUUUGGGCACACCAUCCAAUGCACUUCUUUAAUCCAUUUUAUUUUGUAAUUUGUAUAUUAAAAAAUUAUAGAAAUUAUAUAUUAAUAAUCUAUAUGUUAAGAC